CGUCGUCGAAACAGAGGUUGACUUAGUGCCUGAGGCAGAGACGCUAAGAUAAGUAAAUAAGACGGGGCUCCUAGGUUGAUCGGUAUGUAUCCAUCACCAUCUCGGCAUUUGGUUGCUACAUUCAUUCUUGUCCUCGACUUCAUCCUCAUCCUUCUGUCGCUUAUGGUCCACACUCCUACACUCUUCAUCUACGAGGCUUCUUCAAAUCCAGUUGUAAGCGCUGUUCAGCCUCAUCAGCCAGCCUCGUGCGGUACGCGAUAAUUGCCAUUGUCGAUUCAGGGCACUACUUGCAACGCUUCAGACCGCGUCCGAUACUACCGAUACUAGAAGCUCUGACAGCAUGGCUCGAAUAUAUGACCUCCCAACUGAGACUCUGCUUGAUAUCUUCGACUAUCUUGCAUUGUCAACAUUUCGAUACGAAUACAUAGCUGCCUUACUGGUCUGCCGCCAGUGGUACCAUGCUGGCCUACCAAAUCUGUACCAGCAUAUCGCAUUGGUGUCGAGGCUGGGCGAUACAUCACAACUACCGACUUUCUACAAGAAGAAUAACGACCUUGAUCUCGUAAAAUCCAUGACCUAUCACGUUACCCAAUCACACCUAAUGGGAUUUGCAAUCAAACUUCCCAAGGCUUCCCAUAGACUGACCCAAAUGAUCAGUCUUCCGCUUCGUAUGCCAAACCUGACCAGUCUGUCUAUCAUUCAUGUGGUACAUGCUGGAAGCAAGACAUACGCCUUUCCUGGUGCCGAGCUUUUUGGAGUCUUGAAGUUACUUCCUCUUUCUGUCACCUCUCUGGAGAUAGACAUAUUAGACCGAUACAUGGACCCACAUAUGGACAAUGGACCUAGCGAAGAGCAUAUUUGCACCGCUGUUAGCCCGUUACUACUGCGUUUACGGCACUUGAGAUUGAGACCUGCUCGCUGCUGCCCUGGUCUCUUUGCUGCUUUCGAUGGCUGCUCUACUCGGCCAAUUUCACCACUCCAGACUCUUACACUGCGGACGGACUCCCGAUUGACGGGGCACAGACGACCAUAUUAUCCUCGGGUUUGCGCAAGAAAUACCACGUAUUCACAAACCGACGGCCAGGUCAAUACUCCGGGCGCUGAAUUGCCGAUACCUCAAAACUUGGCUCGAGAAGCGCAUCAUCUAUGGCAAGACGGUGCAUUCCCUCAUCUUCGUGCCGGCUAUGUCAUCGGUCAUCAACCUACAAACAACGAUGCCAAUUCAUUGCCACCCGCCACGCCGUUGUUGUUCACGGCCGGCACUACCUACGAUGCCUACAAGAUCUGGGAUUUCGUGUCCAACAGGACGCAAACGUUACCAAACCGAGCGCGUGGCGGGUCUAGUGAGCUAGUCAUGAUACGAGCCUUGAACAAUGUCGACUACUUUGGGAGUGAGGAGAGUAUUGAUAAAGCAAUCGAGCCGUGCCCCUGGAAGCAAAACACGCUUGGUUGCCGUCAACUUUCGGAGCCACUCCUUGCAUUGGACUCAGGUUUCGAAAGUCUCGGGAUGGAUACCAGUGGUCUUAUGAACCGUGACACCGCAGUCGCUCGACACGACGUGAAGUGCGCACUAUGGAACCGCGAAAGGCAAGUCGGCGCUUUUAUGAUGCAAGCUCGUCGUGUAGAAGGUCUUAACGACGACUUUUCGGUGUCAGAAGUCCUGCCUCGCGGAUGGGCCGAGUACCAGGACAGGGACGACAGCAAAUGGAGGAUCCAUUACGUCGGCACAGGCGAUUGAAUACCUCCUACUUCUUGAUACUUGUCUUGAUACAUAAAGUUCAAAUGUGCCACAGUUCA